UUCCGGGGGCGUGGCCUCGGGCCGGAAGUGAGGCCGGUACUUCCGGUGGCGGCUGCCGGAGCGGGUCUGCGUCCAUGGCGGGGUCCUUGAAACUGGUGUGGGCUUCCCUUCAGCGUCAAAGGUUCCACACCGCUGGAAGUUGCUACAAGAGCCGGACUGGCGCUGAGCACCUGUGGCUGACGCGGCACUUGAGGGACCCGUUUGUGAAAGCUGCGAAGGUGGAAAGUUACCGAUGUCGAAGCGCCUUCAAGCUCCUGGAAAUGAACGAGAGGCACCAGAUCCUACGGCCUGGCCUCCGGGUGUUAGACUGUGGGGCUGCCCCUGGCGCGUGGAGCCAGGUGGCCGUGCAGAGAGUCAACGCUGCGGGCACAGACCCCAGUGCUCCUGUUGGCUUUGUGCUUGGGGUAGAUCUUCUCCACAUAUUCCCCCUGGAAGGAGCAACGUUUCUAUGCCCUGCUGAUGUGACUGACCCUAGAACCUUCCGGAAAAUCCAAGAGCUGCUUCCUGGUGGGAGAGCAGAUGUGAUCCUGAGUGACAUGGCACCCAACGCCACGGGGAUCCGCAGCCUCGACCACGACAGGCUCAUUAGCUUGUGCUUGUCCCUUCUGGACAUGGUUCCACAUGUCCUGCACCCCAGGGGGACAUUCCUUUGUAAAACCUGGGCUGGAAGUCAGAGCCAUCGGUUACAGAAGAGACUGACUGAGGAAUUCCAGAACACAAGGACUGUAAAGCCCGAGGCCAGCAGGAAAGAAUCAUCAGAGGUGUACCUCCUGGCCACACAGUACCGAGGGAAGCCAGGAGGUCUGUGAAGGACUGAGCGCUUGUUCUCCUGUUUCUGGCUCUUCACUGCAGAUGUAGCUUGAGCUCUGUCCUGAAGUGUGGCCGGGGAGAUCUGAGCUGGAUCUAGGAUGCAGCAGGCAGGACAGAUGGGGGACCUUUUUUUAAGACAAAACUAUAUUCAUUGUUCACAAUAUAUGACGAUAUAUGAUUUAAAAAAUCGCUAUAAUACGAUUUGUGAAGAGGAGUUACCAUGAGAAAGAGACAAAGAUAAAAGGAUGAAAAGACUGGGAUGCAUAAAAACACUGAGGCAGAGAAACACACAGACACCUUUAUGGAAUUUUCUCACCAUGGUUAGUAUGUUACGGAGGAACUGGCUUCCACCGUCGCCGCAAAACGACCAGGUUUCCAGGUGUUAUUUUGGGUAUACAGUGUAAUGUAGAAAAAUCUGAACCUUCAGUCUGGGGAUUUGUUUCCAUCUCUGUGGUGAAUGAUCCGGAAAUACUUCAAGCAGUGAGAGCUCCUUAGGGAAGACAUUUGGUAUGAAUUAUGGAAGGGGGGCAGACAGUGUGAAACUAGAAAUGUUUCUAUAACACGCCAGGCUCCAGAGACUUAAAGGUAAUAACCAAAGCAAGCAGACACAUGGUGUGUUUAUUUCCUUUUACUCUCUUCCAGGAACUCAAGGUUAUAAAACAGCAUAGGGUGUAAUAUUUUCUGGAAUUUCCAUACUUUAAAAAAAAAUUGAUUUCUUUGAAACCAUUUUCUGGAGGAGUGGUCAUCCCUUAAGAGUGUAUUGACUGUAAUGAUGAUUAAGUCUUGCCUAUUGAAAACAAACACACAACCUAAAGAGCUGGGAGUUAUUUUUAUUUGGCAGAUAAAACUGGGGACUUAAGCCUGGGACAUAGUAUCUCAGGUAACUCAGGGACUGCCCCGAAGAGGUAGAGGAGGAGCUGGAGUAUAUAGGAAUUUUUGGAACAAAGACCACGUACUUGGAACAUCAAAAGAUUUCUGGUUAAUAAACAAAAGACUAGAUGUCUCCAAGAA